AUGUGGGAGCUAACAGUCCUUCUGCUCCUGGUUCCAAGCAGUGGACAAGCUGCUACUCCAGAGAAGCCCAUAGUGUCUCUGCACCCACCCUGGACCACAAUCUUCAAGGGGGAAAAGGUAACCUUGCGGUGUGAUGGGUACCACCCGCUGCUCCUGGAGCUUCGACCCAUUAGCACUCUCUGGUAUUUGGGCCACCUACUCCUGCCUUCUUAUAAGAAGAGCAUCGAGGUGCACACGCCAGGGGUGUAUAGAUGCCAGACACGCGGAGCACCUGUUAGUGACCCCAUCCACCUCUCUGUAUCUAAUGACUGGCUGAUCCUGCAAGUGCCCUAUGCUGCGGUGUUCGAGGGCGAGCCGCUGGUCAUGCGCUGUCGCGGCUGGUACGAUAAGAUCGUCUACAAACUUCACUACUACCACGAUGGCCAACCCGUGCGCUACUUCCACUCCAGCGCCAACUACACGGUACCCCAGGCCCGCGCCAGCGACAGCGGGCGCUACCAGUGCUCCGGCACCAUGCGCAUUCCCGUGGAAAGCGCGCCCAUGUUCUCCGCCAAGGUGGCCGUAACCGUGCAAGAGCUGUUCCAGGCGCCCGUGCUGAGGGUGAUGGGCCGGGUGGAGGCUCGCGGCGGGGCCUUCGGAGGAGUGGUCUUGCGCUGCGAGACGCGCCUGCACCCGCAGAAGCGCGACACGCCGCUGCAGUUCGCCUUCUACAAGUACAGUCGCCCCGUGCGCCGCUACGACUGGGACCCGGAGUACACGGUCCCCGAGCCGGAGGUCGAGGAGCUGGAAUCGUACUGGUGCGAGGCGGCUACAGCCACCCGCAGCGUCCGGAAACGUAGCCCAUGGCUGCAACUCCCGGGCCGCGGUUCUUCCCUGGACUUGGCGUCCACCACCGCCCCGGACCCCGGUAACCAGCCGCUUUCCUUCAGAAAGCCCCCGGUGUCCAGAUCGGUCCCGUCGGUCCCCUCCGUCCCGAAUGUCACCCCAGCGGGGCCGCCGUUCCCCGCGGGCGGAGCCCCCACCGCUGGGCCACCGGCGUGUGCGCCACCGACACCCUUGCAACAAACCGCUGGCGCCCUAAAACCCGACGUGGCGCUUCUGCUUCGAGAAAUGCAGCUGCUCCAAGGCCUCCUCAGCCGGGUGGUCCUGGAAUUAAAGGAGACACAGCCCUUGCCAGGGCACACAGUCGAGACCCCCAGUUCCCACUCGGCUGUGAGUCAGGGAACCCCUGAGACCACUACUGUGGAGAGCUGAGGGAGGGGGUGGCUACAGUCCCCUCUCCAGGCACAUCCACCUCUGGUCUCUCCUGCUCCCGUCACGUGGAGACCUUCCUAAGCCACCUGUUUCAUCCCUGUGUUUCGCUGUGGUUUAUAAAGUGUGGUAGCUGACACGUCAAUCUCACCCAGCACAUCUGAGCAGUUUGUAACCCCAAGGCCUUCCCUCUCAUCUCUUCCUUCGCCUCACAGAUUUCAGUAGGGAAGUAGAAAUCUGCUAUUUACUGCUUUGAGGUUGACUUUUGGAAGUGAAUUUAGUCAUCCUUAGCUUUUCAAUGUAAACCGGCACAACUCAUAUUUCAGCACAAGGUUAUUUUGGUACUAAACUCUUUGGCACAUUUAAGGGUCAAUAAUUACAACCCUAAUUAUUCAUCAUGAAUUGAAAGUUAAAAUUUAAAAGAUUUUCAGUUCUGUUUCUGAUGAGUUUAUACCUUCAAAGUCCUGUGUUAUAGUUUUAGAGACAGAAAGGGAUUUGUGUGGGUCUCCCGUUCCAGGUUAAGGGUGAGUGUACACUUAGAGCCACCCAGAUGCACCUCCCACACCAGCAUAGCUAGACAGACUCUGAUGGGCUCUGGUGGCAGCAGGCAGGCCCUGCUCAUUUUAGCCUAAAUUAAACAACUGCAUCGAGAAAUCUCUUUGAAGAAAGUUUAAGACAAAUUCUCAAAAUUGCUGUAUUCUAGUUUUUGCCAGUUUCUUACUUCUAUAAGAGCCAUUCCAACACUAAGACACAGUUCAAUCUUUAUAAGUUCCUCAUCUGCCUACUAAAACUAUGAGAUCUCAGCAGAGCUGGUGUGAAUUAUUUCCAGGAGAAUUCUUUCUCAUUAGGCCUAUACCCUUCAUCAGUUAACCUUUACUGACUACUCUACCCUCCCACCCUUCUAGUCUAUAGGUAUUCAGUCACAAUGCAAUUUCCCUUUCUUUUUGAGUGAUUAAUCAGUAUCACAUUAACAUCCUUCAUCUUUUUCUUCUUCUUACCUUCUUACUUUCUUCAAGUAUCAUCUUCACCAUGUUAUUACUACCAAGUCACUGAAAUUAUAUAAGAAGAGAGGCAGGUGGGUUCACACAUAUAUUACACUGCAAUGGGAUAAGUGCUUCUGUGAAACACUAGGAAUUCAGUGGAGGAAACUUAAUCUUGAAGGAAAGCAAGAUUUCACCAAGUGAAGAUGGGAAAAUAUUGAGGAGUGGGGGAUGCAGGCUGAGGAUGCAAAAGCAGAGACGUGGAAGACCAUAGUGUGUUUGUAGAGUUGCAAAUAAUUAAAAGUGGCUGGAGAAUUAUAUGUGUUUAUGUGUGUGUGUAUGGCAGGGUAGGGUAUAUUUUAGGCAGAAGGUGGCAGGAGAUGAACAUGGGGAAGUAGAAAGGGUUCAGAACAUGGAAGUCUUGUUAAGAGGUUCUUAAACCUGUUGGAAA